UCACUCGAGCAUAGUUGUAUUGCCUUUUUCGGUUUCGCUACUUAUAUCACGACAUCAUUUGAUAUAGCCCUAACAGGCCUCCCUGGACCUGUUAUUCCGUUAGCUUCUCUAAUUAUUGUAUUUCGUCUAUCAGUCCUUCGUUCUCUAGAUUGUCGUGUCAUGUUCUCCUUCAGUCUCUUGAUCCUCAAUCUUGCAAAUUUUAUACUUGGCCAUCCGAGUCUACGCUCACAUAAGCUCAAUCAAUCCUUCCACUCCAUCCUACAUCACAAAAAUUGCUCAACUCAGACCGGACCAUGUAUGGUGAUAUCUACGGUAUCAGGACUACUGGGUAUAUCGGCUACCGGCCCAGAACACAUGCCAGUCCCUGAGCAAGUAGCGCCAGUCAGCCGCAACAUACCAAACAGCCCAAUUUCGCCACCAUCCAGGUGAUGAGCAAGUUCAAGCAAGACUUGAGUAGACGUUUG